CUUUUCGUUGAGUCCGAGAGCUCCCACUUAAAGAUGGUUUGACUGAGGAAAGUAACCACGAUGAAGGAGAGGGUCUGCUGCAUUACUGAAGGGACCUAGCAGGAGGGAAGUGAUGCUUGUUUACUACUUGUCGGAACUUUCAGGACGACACUCGCCAGAGCUUCACAACUAGCAUGACAGUAGAGGCGACGCCUCUUCAGAUGCAGGAACAUGUUGGCGAUGGACCAAGGAGUGGUGGAGGAAUGGCUGUCAGAAUAUAAGACCUUGCCUGACAGCGCCGUGUCAGCCUAUGCUGCAUCGCUUAAAGACAAAGGUGCCCUUGUGCCCGCGCUCUACAAAGUCAUCCGGGAGAAUUACAGUGAGCUGCUGGAGCCGGUGUGUCACCAGUUAUUUGAGUUUUACCGGAGCGGUGAGCCGCAGCUGCAGCGAUUCACUCUUCAGUUCCUUCCAGAGCUCCUGUGGAGCCUUCUGUCUGUCAGCGCAGCCAGGGACCCGCACACCUCGGGUUGCAUCGAGGCCCUGCUGCUGGGCAUUUACAACUUGGAAAUAGUUGAUAAAGAUGGGCAGAGUAAAGUAUUAUCUUUCACCGUUCCUUCCCUCUCCAAACCCUCGGUCUAUCACGAGCCCUCGGCCAUCGGCUCCAUGGCCCUGACGGAAGGGGCCCUCGCCAAUCAUGGCUUGAGCAGGGUGCUGUACAGCGGGCCACUCCUACAGAGGGAAAACUUUACUGCACAAAACAGAUUUGAGGUGCUGACCUUCCUGUUGCUGUGCUACAACGCUGCUCUCAGCUACAUGAGCUCCACUUCCCUCCAGUCGCUCUGCCAGAUCAGCUCCAGAGUGUGUAUAUGUGGUUACCCGCGGCAACAGAUACGGCGCUAUAAAGGUAUCAGCACGCGGAUGACGGUCACGUCGGAGUUCCUGGUGCAGCUUCUCACGGGGAUACACUAUGCGUGGUGCAACGGAGAAGCGGAACUCGGAUCCAAAGCCUUGGACGAUGUCCUCUAUCGGGCCCAGCUCGAAUUGUUCCCCGAAGCCUUGUUGGUGGGUAACGCCAUCAAGUCGACGCAGCAGGGCGCGGCUCUGAAAAGCAACACCAAGGAGGGAGCGCGGAGUAUCCAGGUGGAGAUCACACCCACUGCCUCCAGGAUCUCGCGGAAUGCCGUCACUUCGCUCUCGAUACGCGGCCACCGCUGGAAACGACACGACGCAGUGGAUCUGGGUUCCCCGGAUGAGCUGAUGGAUAUCUCGGAAGCGGAUGAAGGUCUGUGGCCAGGUGGGAUGUCGCCCGACACCACCCCGCCCACCAUUACCAUCAGCAACAGCGUCACCACUUUAAACCUCGGCGCCAAGGCCAUGAAGAUGUGUCGUCUGGGCGGGCGCGGCAGCAAGGAAAAGGAGACGAGCCCGCUUCCAGCCGGCCGGGCGGCCAGCGAGAGCGCCGAGGCGUCCGUCAAGCGCCUCACGCUCACUUCGAGCCAGUCGGUGCCCAAAGCGGGAACUCUCACCAGCUUGACGCGCACCGCCAGCGCCGUGUUCUCCCGUUCUUUUGAGCAGGUCGCCGCCGGUAUCGUCCCGCCCUCCAGUACCCACAACGCCCCAGAGGCUGGCCAUUAUUCAUGCAGCCUGCAGGAGGAAGGGACGGGCUAUUUGAACCACACGCAGCGUUCGCCGAGCAUCAGCGUGCACCUCGGCUCGGACCUUUGAAAUUGUUGUUUUUUUUUCUAUGAUGAACCUCUGGAUCAGAUCCUGUGAUUCUUCACCAGUAACCUGGAACUGUAAGCCAUGCCAAAGGCAAGGGACCACAAACAUUUUGUUUUUGUCUCUCCGAUGCUCUACUGUGGCGUUUUUUCCGUGUGCAAAAGUAUUUUGAGAAAUGAUUUUUUAUUUGGGCACGUGUUGCCUUCGCAUGCAUUUUCCAUACAGUCACCUUUACCUUCCCCACCAGUUUAUGGGGGUAUAAAUAUUGUACGUGUGGUUGGGCGAGUGUGUGUGUGCUGUCCGUAGUUUUGAAAAUCUUUUUUUUUUUUUUUUUUUUUUUUUUUUUUUUUUAAAGUGGAAAAGCUGCUGAUCGAAUGAAGUUGUAAAUACUUUCCAAUUCAAAAAGACAAUGUUUUUAUUGCUUUUUAAAGAUUGUUCCUUCCCCAAAACAAUGCAAACCUUACCUUCACUCUCUGGACAAAUGGAUUGAAACCUAAAAGUUAGGGUUUGUUUCCACUUCAGUCCAGUAAAUGAUGUGCUUGUUUAGAAAAAUCCAUAUUCUUCCAUCACAAGUUUGGGGGUAACCACUCGUAAGUGAUGCGUCACAUGAGCCCAUUCUUAACAUAUACAAUCAGUAUUGUUGUUCUGAUGAGCAAUAACAAAGUUAGCACCCUCCCUUCCCUAGAAAAUGAAAGAGAGUAAACGUCUAAAUAAUUAAUAAACAAAUGUGUUGACUUGGGUGAGAGGGCUAGGGAGAUUACGUUUUGCACUUGAGAAGCUAAUUAUAUAUUUGUAAAUGAGUAUUUCUCACGGUUACCAAUCCAAAUAUAUGUUGUAUUUGUAAGAAAAAUUGUUGAUUGUUUUUAAUAUCUCAUCUCGCCCACUAUGACAAGUAUUUUGUAGUAAUUUGACCAAUCUUGUUUCCUGUGUCCCAAGUCAACCCAUCCGCAUCGCAUCAUCCUACGAAUACUAACGCCACUUCCUUCGCCAGUAUAAACCGUCGUCUGUGUGCUAUUUACGGUUUGAUGCACAUCAUUUGGAUGGACAAAAGGUGUGUUUCACUGUCAGUUUACAAAUUGUGACUGGUUCUGCUUUUGCUGUACAUCAUUCUGUUGAUGUUUUUUAUUGGUCUUUUUAUAUGUGCGAGGGUGUGCAGCUCAAUGCUUAUGGAAAUAAAGUGUCUGGUAGUUGUUUUUUUAACUCAAAUUAGUUUUUGCUGACUGGAAAGUGUUUGAGAAUGGCUGCUGACAUUCCAGGGUGUACAGUAUUAUUAAAUUGGGCUCUGAUAAUGCA